CCUUUACGAUUUAUGAACUACAAACAUAUCGAUCUCAGCCAACCAUAUCGGGACUCGACGACUCAACUAGGUUUACAAGUCCCAUUUACCCGGAUGGUGUCGACUCAUCAAACCUGCUGGAAAACCAAACAUUAAUUAACGACUCAGGCCCUCCUUCGGCCAGUUAUGCGGCUUUCACAGUUCUGUCAAGCAAAGCAAACACAGGGCCCAAUAUACCGUGACUACCGACUCGGUAGCGGGCCGGUCCUAUUGGUACAAUAUAUCAACUUAGAGCCCAACUAUUGAGCCAACUACAACCCAGUUCUCUCGAAUUUGAUACCAUCUACUAUUCCAUAAUGGGGCACGAACUAACCGCGGGGGAGCUCGAGGCGAUUAGCAUCAUUGAGCGAGUCGGCUCCGUGUUCUCGCUAUCGGGGUCUCUUUUUGUUAUAUGUACCUUCCUUUCUUCGAAGGCUUUCCACAAGCCUAUCAACCGCCUAGUCUUCUACGCCUCCUUUGGUAAUAUGAUGAGCAAUGUAGGAACGUUGAUGUCAAGAAGAUUUGUGACGGAUAUCGAUUCAUUCGGAUGCCAAUACCAGGGUUUUCUUAUACAGAUGUUUCUGCCCGCCGAUGCUUUCUGGACAUUGGCCAUGGCGUUUAAUGUUUACUUGACUUUUUACUGCAAGUUCGACGCUGCGAGGCUCCGUAUGAUGGAAAAGUGGUACCUCUUAAUAUGUUACGGCAUCCCAUUCAUCCCCGCACUCACGUACGUUUUCGUGAGAACCGAGUCGGCUGGUAGGAUAUAUGGCAAUGCCACUUUAUGGUGUUGGGUUAGCACGAAAUGGGAUAUCUUGCGGAUUGUUACUUUCUACGGUCCCGUUUGGGUUGUUAUUUUACUGACCAUGUCUAUUUAUAUUCGGGCGGGAAAGGACAUCUACCAGAAGCGCAAGCAACUACGAAACUUUGGCGCCAGCAGUAGUGCCCACGAUCCCGAGGCGUUGGAUAUGAAUGAUCCAUAUUCGGUGAAGACAACAGAAGUGACGGUUACAUCAGAGUCUAUUGAAGAGGGCGGGAAUGGGAUCGAUCUUGCGCCCCUCGGGCGAUUCAGCACGAAUAAGAAUAAGCCGUCGUAUUCGGUGACGAUAUCCUCGCCUAAUAACAGAGCAGAAGGUAGCAGAGCCCAAGAGGGCGAUCGAAUUGCCCCUAUUCGGAGCCUUCAACAAACACCGUCCGCGGUCCAGUCACGAGUGAAGUCCCAGCGAAGAAGGGCGAACUUUGAGGCGAACAAUGCGGCGUGGUCUUACAGCAAAUGCGCUAUUUUAUUCUUUACGGCACUCCUUGUCACUUGGCUACCUUCGACGGCGAACCGAGUGUACAGUAUCGUGAACACAAACAGCGCGAUGGCGUCCCUCGAGAUUAUGAGUGCGAUAGUCUUACCACUCCAGGGUUUCUGGAACUGUCUGAUCUACGUCGCGACGAGUUGGGAGGCAGUGAAGAUGACUUUCUCCGAUAUCAAAACCUGGUGCACCAGCGGUCCGCGUCCCGACCCGGGCCGGUAUGGCGGCGAUCAUCACGACAAGAGAAAUUUGGCCUUCAGGCUUCCGAGCCGAAACUCGCGCAAGGAUAUGGAGAGCGAAUCAAUGACGGAACUAGCUCAUGGCGACAGAGCGUCGCAUUUUAACCAAGAAGGCAAGGAGCAAACAACGUAGCAAUACCACAUUAUAGACUUUAAUUUUAUAUAUUUAUGAUUCAUCGCACUCCUUAAGCAUACCUAGGUA